AUGGCUGAUGCUCAACAGCUAUAUGAAGAAGAUGAUUUCAAUAGUGACAUACCAGAAGAAGAAAUUGAUGAACUUUUUGAAGAGAGAGUUGAAGACUUUUCGCUAGUUGAUGAUACGCCUGAAGAAUACGAUACUAUCCAACCGGCAUUAUCACCAGCAUCACCAAUAUCUAUCAAUAGAUGUAUAAUAUCGACAAUGUCAUUCUUCUGGUCGGUCCUUCGUGCUAUUAGACCAUUAGAUUAUUAUGUGCAUCAACUUUGCUACUGGAUUUUAUUUCAUCCAUUCUUAUUUGCUUGGUAUUGUAUACUUAAGCGGCAAAACAAGUUUCCUGAUGAAUGGACAACAUUUCAAAGAUGUUCUCAAUGUUCGCUAUGGCCAGUCUACUUACAACAGGCGUAUCGUAAAGUCCUCGGUCUUUCCUCGUUUAUAAUGUUUGCAGUGGCUGUUUUGACCUCAACCUCAUCUAUAAUUCGUUUGCUGGGUACUAAACAGUGCGACACUGAAAAAAUGAUAUUGGAUGACAACAGAGGUGUGAUUAUGACCAUUCGAGAAAACGUACCUUUUUUUAGAAGUCUCCAUAUUAAUCAUCAUACCAGUGAAAGUGACGUUAACAACGAGCCAGAUGUCGAAGAAGAACUAUCCGACUUAUCAUCACUAUUGUUUUUACUUGGUCAAAAAAUCUUGAUGCUGAAGCAGCAACAAUCUCUUCAUCAACUGCAAGCAAAAAGACUUGCGGAUCAAACGUUGGAAAAAUAUCAAUAUUUCAGCCCUAUAUUAUUGUCAAAAAUUCAAGAGUAUUCAACUACAUCUUCAAACAAAAGUAAAAAGAGCGUCGAUGAGAUUUUUUCGACUUAUAUUUCAUACGUUAUGGAACUAUUUGACGAUGUUUUGCAAACUGACACUGAGAAACAGUUAUUGAAACGUCUUCUCUUGAAGGAUAUUGAACAUCUAAGGCAACAAAAAACUUACCGUGAUUACCUAAACACAAUGAAAAAAGAAAUGAGCUACCAUGUAAGUAGCUACCAUAAUGAUUAUAACGAAGAUACUGACCAGCCAGAAGUUUCAUUGCCCACUAUCUUGAAUAUUCAUGGUGUACCAAUCGCAAUUGAUGAAAUAAGAAAUGCCCUCUGGAAUUUAAAGGUUCAACAAUACCGAAAAAUAAAUUAUGCUUCAGCAAAUCUCGGUGCAUAUGUGCUAUAUCCUCUGACAAGUGCUACGUUUGAGUUAAACGGACAACGACAACGUUCACCUUGGAGAGAAGCUAUCCGUAAACUGACUGUAUGGUCUUCCUUUUGGCUUCUUCCAAACAGUGCUGACAAGACUAUCCAGAAUGACAAUCACAUCAUUAAAACAGCAACAAUGGAAGCAGAAGAAGGGAAAAGCGAUAGCAGCUUAUGCUGGUUGAUGACAGGCCAACAAGGUAAUUUGAGUAUUGCACUCAGUGAGCCCAUACGAAUUCACCGACUGAGCAUCACUUUCAAGUUACAAAAAGAAAGAGGAGGUGAUAUAAACAGUGAUACUAAUAGAAAUGAUUAUAACGAUUGGUGGUCGGCUCCAGAAGAUAUCGAGCUCUUUGGUAUCAGUAAUCAUCCUAUACUUCGUAGUAAGCAGCCAAGUUUGGUUCAACUUGGCAAAUUUAAGUACGAAUACUAUAGUGGUAGUGAUGAAACCCAAAUUUAUGAAUUGGUGCAAACUGAAGAGCUUUCUAACAGUCGGCCAUUUCACGCCGUAAUGAUUCGAGUGUUAUCUAAUCACGGUAAUCCAGCUUAUACUAAGAUAUGUAAAGUAGGUAUUUAUGGUGUACCUAUUGGCAAAUACGGUCUAUGA